AUGGCCGGCAUAUUCGACACUCCCCGUGGUGCAGGCACAUUGUUCCUCGGAGGUCAGAAAAUUAGUGGUGCCGAUAUACGGGAUCAGAAUGUCCUUGCGACCCAGGCAAUUGCCAAUGUCGUCAAAUCGUCCUUCGGACCCUCAGGUCUCGACAAAAUGAUGGUCGAUGACAUCGGUGAUGUUACUGUCACCAACGAUGGUGCCACGAUCUUGAGCUUACUCGAUGUCGAACACCCCGCAGGAAAGAUCUUGGUCGAUUUGGCGCAACAACAGGACAAGGAAGUCGGCGAUGGCACCACAUCUGUUGUUCUGAUUGCGGCGGAAUUACUACGGAGAGCCAAUGAGUUGAUGAAAAACCGAAUACAUCCUACAGUCAUAAUCACUGGAUACCGGCUGGCACUGAGAGAAGCCGUCAAAUAUAUGCAAGAGAAUAUCAGCACAAAGGUGGAGACUUUGGGAAGAGACAGCCUCGUCAAUAUUGCCAAAACAUCCAUGUCAAGUAAGAUCAUUGGUUCUGAUGCCGAAUUUUUCUCAAACAUGGUUGUCGACGCCAUGCAAUCAGUCAAGUCAGUCAAUCCACAAAGAAAUGAGGUGAAGUACCCUGUCAAGGCUGUCAACAUCCUCAAAGCCCACGGCAAGAGUGCGCUUGAGUCAGUACUGGUUAAGGGCUAUGCUCUCAACUGCACUGUUGCAUCACAAGCCAUGAAGACGAGAAUCACGGAUGCAAGAAUCGCUUGUCUUGACAUGAAUCUGCAAAAGGAGCGAAUGAAACUUGGAGUCCAGAUCACCGUCGAAGACCCCCAACAAUUAGAGAAAAUCCGAGAAAGAGAGGCCGGCAUCGUUCUGGAAAGGGUUGAUAUGAUACUAAAAGCUGGUGCAAAUGUCGUACUCACGACCAAGGGUAUUGAUGAUCUUGUACUCAAGAUGUUCAUUGAGCGAGGGUGUAUGGGUGUGCGAAGAUGCAAGAAGGAGGAUUUGCGAAGAAUAGCGAAAGCUACCGGUGCCACUCUGGUCAGCUCACUCUCGGAUCUAAAUGGUGAUGAGCGGUUCGAAAAAGAGUCUCUUGGCUAUGCAGAAGAGGUCGUUCAGGAGAGAAUCUCUGACGAUGAGUGCAUUUUGGUUAAAGGAACCAAAGCCUUUUCAUCCGCUUCAAUCAUCCUCCGUGGCUCCAACGACUAUCAGUUGGACGAGAUGGAGCGAUCAGUCCACGAUUCACUAUCGGCAGUCAAACGAACCCUAGAAUCCGGCAGCAUCGUCCCAGGUGGAGGUGCGGUGGAAACGGCUCUACACAUAUACCUCGAAGAAUUCGCAAUGACCGUCUCAUCGCGCGAGCAACUCGCGAUCGGUGAAUUUUCACAAUCACUCUUGAUCGUCCCCAAGACGCUCGCCGUGAAUGCAGCGAAGGACUCCUCCGAGCUUGUUGCUCAACUGCGCGUACGACACGCUCUUAGCCAACGAGUCCAAGAUGGUGAUGCGAAUGAGCGAGAAAAGGAUCUCGCCAAGAAACGACAGUACAAGAAUUAUGGCUUGGACCUCCUGCGCGGCAAAGUCGUGGAUGUAGUCAAGAUGGGUGUCCUAGAACCGAGCAUGAGCAAGGUUAAGCAGCUCAAGAGUGCUGUUGAGGCAUGUAUCGCCAUCAUGAGGAUAGACACUCUGAUCAAGCUGGAUCCUCCCGAGCAGCAAGACGAUGGUCAUGGCCAUUGA